AUGUCUAGAGUAGAGAAGAAGGUGGAAUCAGAAAAGAGGAAUAGUACCCAUCAGGAACCAUGUAAAGUAGAAGAAGUAUGCAGAGCCAAUGAGCCCUGUGUGAGUUUUUCAGAGUGUGUUUGUGAUGAAAAUUGUGAGAAAGCAGCUCUGUGUACAUGGCUUCUGAGGAAAGAAGGAAAGGAUAAAAAUGGGAUGCCGGUAGAUCCAAAACUAGAGUUUGAGAAGCUUAAAGAUUCCCUAAAUACAUGGCUUUGUCCUUCCAGAAAAGAGGCCACAGAACAAGCUAAGGUAUCAAAGACCAUGACUCCUUCUAGAAUUGUCGAUUCCUUUCAAGUAAUAAAGAACAGUCCCUUGUCAGGGUGGCUAAUCAGACCAGACAAAGGAAGAAGUUCCAAGAAAGUGCCUAGUGUAGAAGACAGAGCUGGCAAACAACACCUCGUGGUACCCUUGGCCACUUCCUGGUGUCCCUUUAAUACAACUGACUGGGUCUUCCCAGGAAAGAACACAGGAGAUCUCAGCCAGGUAUCUUCUGGAGAAGACAAGUGGCUGCUUCGAAAGAAGGCCCAGGAAAUAUUACUUACACCACCCAUACCAGAGGAACGUAACUUCCGCCCAGACUGUUAUGGCCUCCCAACAGUUUGUGAUCUCUUUGCCUGUAUGCAACUUAAAGUAGAUAAAGAAAAAUGGCUGUAUCGUACUCCUCUACAGAUGUGA